AAGUAGAAGAAGUAGAAGAAGUAGAAGAAGAAGAAAACGAAGAAAACGAAGAAAACGAAGAAGAAGAAACAUCGAUAGCAGAAGAGAAUGAAUCCAGGAUGAUUGAAUCAAGAAAAAGAAUGAUAGUUCCUGGAGAUUCAUUUAUAAGAAAGUUAUUAAAUGACACAAUAGAACCUUCUCGAGAUAUUCUAACAAAUACUAAAGUAAAGCAACUAUUUGAUAGUAGACUAAAUCAUGAAAAGAAUACAAGAGUAGGCGCACAUCACUUUCAAAAGAUUACAACGUUAUUUUUUAACCAGCUUGUUGAUGACUUGUUAAGUUAUAAGAACAAUCAAGCAGCAGAAGAUCAAGAUGAAAUAAGUGAUAAAGACAUGAUUUUAUUAAUGCAACGACAGCGACUGAUAUCGGAUAAAUCAUCUUUAGAAGCAUUAGCACAUAAGUUUUUACCAAGGGAAUAUUCUGAUCUUGUUUGUCAGUCAGCAUUGGCUUACAACCAAUUAUAUCCUUCCUCAGAUCAAGAAUUGAGUGGUGAUGAUGAAGAUUAAAUAGCGAUAAAAAGAGGAUGACGACACUUUGAUUGAAAUUUUAUUGCUAUUUGUAGUAGAAUUACUUUCUAUACUUGAUAUACUUGUUGUCAUACUAAUUCCCAAUUUAUUGUAUUCAUUAUGACUAUGACUUUUAAAUAUCUUUGUUGAAGUAUAUUUUAUUUUAUCUUUUAAAUGAAUGCUUUCAUGGCUCUGUCUUUUCCUUCUUGUUAAUAAAUGAUCGUCACAUAAUUCUAUAGCAAAUUGUGAAUCAUCCCAACGUUUUUUCCCUGUUGCUUUAGACAAGUCCAAAGAACUAUUAGGUAUCAGUUGUUGUUGUUGAUGAGUUGUUUUUGGAUGAAUGAAGGAUGAAUCAUAGCUUGAUAUAGAUGGAAUAGGAUUCUUGUCUGUAUUUUGAUGAGUCAUUUUUCUAUUAUUUA